AUGUCUAAAUCCACGGAAUCGGGUGGCCUCGAGACCCAAGUCGACCCCUUUGACAGUUUUAUGAGGGAACUGAAUUCCCCUACCAACACGAAAGAGCUUGACUUUCUGACCAGAGACCUAGAGCCAGGAGAAAAGGCGGAAAAUGCGGUUGACUACGAAGAUAUUGACGACGAUGAUGACCUUCCAGAUGAAGCGCCGUCCUUUGGUCAAGUUGGAGAGCACAAGUUUCAGGAUGAUGAGAAGGGCUGGGACGAAUUUACAACGGAUCUCGAACAGCAGUUCCAUCAGCCAACCGCUGGCGACGAGCUUGACGAUCUGUUCGGGGAUGCGCCGCUACCACUCAUUGCUGGAGGAGAAAGUAAACCCGAUACCUUCGGUCUCUCGCAAGAGGCGCUGUUGCCCCCUGACGAUUCCGCGCUAAACUCGCCGUUGGAUGAAAUGGAUACCAUGUUUGGCGAUGGCGAUAAAGAAAGAUCCCCAACGCCGACUGAUAUGGACCCAGAAACUUUGAGGCAAUACCAGCUACAACAGGCUCUCUUUGCAUUAUCUGCUUACGGUCCGGAUAACCCACCAGCACCUCCUGAAAAUCACGAGGAACUAUUAGCAUCACUAUGGCCUAAAUUUGACCGCAAUGCUAUGCCACGUUUCUUGGAACUCCUUCCACCAAAAAAAUCACAUUAUAUUGGAAAGACCCCUCUCAAACCUCCAAAAAAGGUACUCCCUACAAAAUUAAAACUAGAGCUGGCGCAGGAUCAGGAGCGAAUUUUUUGCUCUUCCGGUAAUUCAACAAGACGUGUGUUAGAAGCAGAAGUGCCCAACACUAUUGUCAUGACCCCUCCUGCGAAUAAUGAUGACUGUCUUAGCGAUAUCCUAGACUUGGAUGAGGACGACUGGGAUGAGAAACUUCCCGGGGGAGUAACAAUGCAAGAUUUACAAUUCAUUUGUACUGAUUGGGAUCUUAAGGACACUGUUUCUGACGAAGAGGAGACCAAUGAGGCCCCUCUGAUCCCUAGUGGUGAAUUAAAUGAUGAGUAUAAUGAUGACGAUGACUGGCUACUGGAGACAUCCCGUCCUACCAAAAAGCGGAAGCUAGAAAAGAGCCCUGCCGAUUAUCUUUCCCUCUCACAUAUUGAUUUGCCUCUAUUCGAUGACCCUGCAGGAACUUCUGCAAAACUUGCUAAACGUAUCAUUCUCGAUCUAAAUGAUCCGCAUCUCUUGGUGGACGAAAUUUUACCACAGAAUUCCGUUGAGGAAUCAAAAUAUGGAGGAGCAGGGACUGCUAAUGAAAUACCCGGAAGCUUUACAAGACGAGUUAUGCAACGCUACAACUUUUCGAAUGAUGAUGCCUAUCGGAUGCUCAAAGAAAACCAUCAUAAGAAAAUCCGCAGUACCUUGGGUAAUAUUGUGCUGGAGCAUAGCAUGCCCGCUAUUCGACUGCAAUGGCCUUAUUAUAAGACGAGACUUGCCCGGCAAGAAGCUCGCUCUUUUCACCGCCCAGUUCUGAACUUCUUUCCGAACCUUCCGACUUCUUUCAAGAAGCCCGCCUUCAUCAAACGGAAACAUCAAAGAGGCAAAGACGCCAAAACACUUUAUGAUUCUACAAAAUGUUUAUCGUUAGGUGACAAUUCUCACGUUUUGUUAUUAGAGUACUCUGAAGAACACCCAAUGAUGAUGUCCAAUUUUGGCAUGGGAAGCCGAGUCAUCAAUUAUUACCGCAAGAAGAACGCUGACGAUGGAUUUCGGCCCAAGGGAGAAAUCGGGGAGACUGCGGUGCUUCUUCCUGAGGAUAAAAGUCCGUUCUCUACGUUCGGCCAUGUAGAACCGGGGGAAACUACGAAUGCUAUUGCCACAGGCAUGUUUCGAGCCCCUAUAUUUCGUCAAGAACCGCGGGGAACCGACUUCCUCGUUGCUAGGAACAGUACAGGCGUCGAUGGCUCUAGUUAUUACUUACGAAAAAUAGAACACCUUUAUGUUGUGGGGCAACAGUUUCCGUCAGUUGACGUUCCAGGGCCUCACUCACGUAAAGUUACAACUGCAGCGAAAAACCGCCUCAAGAUGGUUUGUUAUCGCAAGAUCAGAAGGAACAAGACCCAUCGAAUUAGUGUUGCUGACAUCACUGAGCAUUUUCCCGAGUCGACUGACAUGCAGAAUCGCCAGAAAAUGAAGGAGUUCUUACAAUUUUCAAAAGACCAUAAAGAGUGGGAAAUGCGAAAUGGGGAGCCAGUGCCUGAUGAGGACGUUCUGCGGGGAUACGUGAAGCCCGAAGACGUAUGCCUUCUAGAGUCAAUGCAAGUUGGCUUGCAGCAUCUUCACGAUGCUGGAUAUGACCGCGAGGAGGACGACGAUGAUGACGGAGAUAAAGAAGGUGAUAGCUUGGAACAACUUCUCGCUCCUUGGAAAGCAACUAGAAAUUUCCUUCUUGCUUCGCAAGGCAAAGCAAUGCUACAGCUUCAUGGCGAGGGAGACCCUACCGGCCGAGGAGAAGGGUUCAGUUUUAUCAAAACUUCCAUGAAAGGCGGGUUCAGAGCUGUGGGUGAAAGUGUUGAGGACAAACUCGACGCCCAGCGGCUCAAGGAACUCGGUGGGCACAGUUAUAAUGUUGCACGACAGCAAAAGUCAUACGAAGAGUCCAUUCGUAGAAUUUGGGAUGGCCAAAAGAACAGUUUAUCGUCCAAUAUCGAACACUCCGACGCCGAAAGUGACAUGGAUGUUGAUGAGCGCGCGACAAGGCUUGGCAAACAACCCGCAUCAGAUCGACGUACUCCUCUCCCAACUCGUCGUGACGAUGAGACCACAAGUCAAUUUAGUAGAUUGAGCACUUCAAGCCAAACCAAUAAGGUGAUGAGGAUCACUCGUCGUAUCAGAAACUCGAAAGGAAAAAUUGAAGAAGUCCAGGAGAUUGUUAAAGAUCCAAGAGUGAUCAAGCAUUAUCAGAAACAGCGGUAUGAAGCAGAACUUAGGGAAUUAUCUGCUGCUGAUAUGGUGCCUACUGGAGAUCCUGAAACCGAUGCCCGCCGUAUGAAGCACAUCCAAGAAGAACUACAGCGCCUCCAGCGUAACAAAGAACGUCGCCAUGCCCGUGAAAAGCAAAAAUCCCUAAUGAUCGAUCCUCGUGAAGGUUCUCCCGAUGCCGCCAACUCACCCACCACCAACUCUGCCCCCAAAGGCGUUACGCAGCGCAAAUGUGCCAACUGUGGACAAGUUGGACAUAUCAAGACCAAUAAAAAGCUGUGUCCCCUUCUCAAUGGCACUAUGAAAGCUGAAGAUAGUGGGAAUGCAACUGCUUUUAUGAUGGGUGCUCCUGCUCCAUGA